AAAUUGAUUGCUUCGUGUAGAGCAAUUAGAAGUUUCAAAUUAGGGUUUCUCGUCUUCUGCGCAUUCGAUUCUCUCUUCUCCGAUUCACCGGUCCGCCGCUGUCAGCCACUCCGUCCGUCCACCGCGGUCAGUCAUUCCGCUUCAGGUUUAGAGUUAGAGUUUCUUGUAUCUACCAUUAAGUUCGUGGAGGUUUGCAUAUUCUACAUGGAGAAGGUCGAUGAAAAUGCCCGUCCCAAUUUUGAGUGGCUUAAGGAGAGAGGUGUUAGACAAAAUAAUGGUGUUCAGGAGUACGAAUCUUUCAAGUAUUAUGGGGUAAAGUACAUGUUAUAUGAUUGUGUGUACAUGUGUAACGGAGGUCGAGGAGAGCCUUACAUAGGGAAGUUGACAAAAAUAUGGGAAUGCCCGGACAAGAAAAAGAAAGUUGAAGUCCAUUGGUUUUUCCGUCCAAAACAGAUUCCAAGGUGGCUUGGAGAGACCAAGACUCUCGAGAGUGAGAUUCUUAUUGCAACCGGUGAAGGUCUUGGUUUAGCCAAUAUCAAUCCUCUGGAAGCAAUCGAUGGUCCUUGCAAAGUUGUGUGCAUAUCAAAGGACAACAGAAAUCCUCAACCGUCAGAUGAACAACUUAAAGCGGCCGACUUUGUUUUUUAUCGUACUGCCAAUGUACAAACCUCUGCUAUAUCGGAUAACAUCGGUGAUAAAGUUGGUGGGCUUGAAAUUAAAUACGUAUUUAACAGAGAAAAGACCCAAAAAACCAGCCAUUUUCAAGAAAGUAUCUCAGACACGAAGGAAAUGUCUACGAAGAAAUCGAUGGUAGACAGCAAAUCAAAACAUGAAGACAAGUCACCUGCUGAUGUUAAGAAUCUUAUAGCUUCUGGAACAUCUGACACAACGGAAGAUCGAAAGAAAUGUAAGAUAUCAGCAAAAGACACAUCCGAGGAUUUGGAUGGCCAAAUAUUAAAGAAAAGAAGGGAUCACAACAUGAAGACAACAGUUGACAGCAAAUCAAAGCACGAAGACAAGUCAACUGCUGAUGUUAAUAAUCUUAACGCUUCCGGAACAUUUGGCACCAUGGAAGAUCGAAAAAAACGUAAGAUACUAGAAAAAGAGACGUCAGAUGAUCGUGAAGGCAAUAAAAUAAAGAGAACAAGGGAUGGUGGUUCUUUUAAGGUACCGGAUAGCAAGAUGGGUAAUAACGUUAAUGUGAGAGAUUCGGUAGCAAUAUCGAAAGGAAAAUCAACAUCUGGAAUUGCUUCGGAUAUCAUUAGGAAUAAUAAGAAUAAUACCUAUAACAAGGAAGGUAAAGAGGGGCAAUCUGGUGAGAAUAAUAGGGAGCUUUCUAUGACCAAAUCGCUAAAGGUGUCUACUUUGUCAACUAAUAAAGUCAAUAAAAACGCGUAUCGCUAUUGGGAAUUUGUUGUCAACCCAAAGCCAAAAGCUGAAAAACAUUGUUGGUUUACACGAGCUCAUUGGGAGGAUAGGCUGAAGAGCGCGUAUAAUCAAGGAACAGCUAUCCUGCUCCAUAAUGUGAAUCCAGAUUAUAAUUCUGGAGACAUUGAGGACAUAAUUUGGCAUGCUUUUAAAGUAAACUGUGAUGCAGAGAUUCACUGUGAUGCAAAGAUUCUACAACGUACUUCAGUAUCUAGCCCACAUCAUGCUCAAGCUCUGAUUGUACUCAAAACGAAGGAAGACGCUCAGAGGGUCCUUAAAAAACUGGAUGAAGAAUGCUUGAUGUUAUCCGACGGGAAGAAUGGCUUCAUGCCUCUUGUUGGUACCCUUUGUCCUACAAUAUCAACGGGAAAGAAUUCCAGUUUUUAUGGCAACUUGGCUGGCAAGGCUAGAUUUCGAAAUCAACGCGAGGAUGAAGCUGUAUCCACGUCACAUUUUUCACAGCCAAAUACUAUUGAAUAUGACAUGGCAAUGGAGUGGCGUUUACUACAAUUACAGUCCGUGAAAUGUUGGGAAAAAUUGCAUGAGCAACAAGGGCUUGAGUUGGAAAACCUUAAGAACGGCCUCAAAGAAAACGUGCAUGAAGAUUCAUAGACUUGUCGUAAAGAAAGCAUAAAAAAGGUAUACAUUGUACAACAGCACCUUGAAGGAACUGACAGAUCAUCGAUUUUGAUUUCGUAUGAUAGCUAGUAAUCUGUCUUUUGAUGGAUCUUUAUAGAAUCAGCUAGUAUUUUUCUGUCUUUUGAUAAUUAAUGCUUUUGUUCUAUGACUUUUAGUUUUAUUUCACCUGACCAUUUGGGACAUGUUAUGUGGCAACUAAUUUUGAUGUUG